AAAAGGUUUGAUUUUUUUAUUCUUCUUUGCUUCAUUUCUUUUCUUAGUCAUAUUAUGUUGAUUUUAGAAAUGGGGUUUAAAAAAGAGUGAUUUUUUAAGCCAUUCUUGACUUGUUCUGUUUGUGUUGUGUGCAGGUUUUUGGUUAUUUAACUUCUUUGUUUCCUUCUUUCUGUAAGUAGUUUUAGCCAUGAAUCCAUAUCUUCCUGAAUGGAAUAUUGAGACUGAACUUCCUGCUCCACAUCAAAAGAAGCCUAUGGGAUUUGAUCAUGAGCUAGUGGAGUUGUUGUGGCGAAACGGGGAGGUAGUAUUACAUAGCCAAACACAUAAAAAACAGCCAGGUUAUGAUCCUAAUGAAUGCAGACAGUUUAACAAACAUGAUCAACCAACAAUAAGAGUUGCUGGAAAUCAGACUAAUUUGAUUCAAGAUGAUGAAACUGUCGCGUGGCUAAACUGCCCUAUCGAUGAUUCGUUUGACAAAGAAUUUUGUUCCCCUUUCUUAUCUGAUAUUUCAACAAAUCCUCACCUGGGGGAGGAGCCUGAUAAGUCAAUUAGGCAAUCAGAGGACAAUAACAAGGUUUUCAAGUUUGAUCCUUUAGAGAUCAACCAUGUUCUUCCGCAAUCACAUCAUUCUGGUUUCGAUCCAAAUCCAAUGCCACCUCCAAGAUUUCACAACUUUGGAUCAGCGCAACAGAAACAUCAUAUAGUAGGGGGGGAUCAGAAAGGUGUUAACUUUCCUCCACCGAUAAGGUCAUCCAAUGUGCAGCUUGGUGGCAAAGAAGCUAGAAGCAAUCUGAUGCUGCAAGAUAUUAAAGAGGGGUCUGUGAUGACAGUUGGUUCAAGCCACUGUGGCAGCAAUCAAGUUGAUACUAGCCGGUUUUCAAGUAGUGCAAAUAGAGGGCUGUCUGCAGCAAUGAUCACUGAUUAUACCGGAAAAAUCAGUCCACAAAGUGAUACAAUGGACCGAGACACAUUUGAACCAGCUAAUACAUCUUCGUCUUCAGGAAGAUCGGGUAGUAGUUAUGCAAGAGCAUGCAAUCAAUCUACAGCGACCAAUAGCCAGGGCCACAAAAGGAAGAGUAGAGAUGGUGAAGAACCAGAAUGCCAGAGUAAAGCUGAUGAGCUAGAAUCAGCUGGAGGAAACAAGUCAGCCCAAAAAUCUGGAACUGCCCGAAGGAGCCGUGCUGCAGAAGUGCAUAAUCUCUCUGAAAGGAGACGGAGGGAUAGAAUCAAUGAGAAAAUGAAGGCCUUGCAAGAGCUUCUUCCUCACUCUACUAAGACAGACAAAGCAUCAAUGCUGGAUGAGGCUAUUGAAUACUUGAAAUCACUUCAGAUGCAACUGCAGAUGAUGUGGAUGGGAAGUGGCAUGGCAUCAAUGAUGUUCCCUGGUGUCCAACACUACAUUUCCAGAAUGGGAAUGGGGAUGGGUCCGCCUUCGGUGCCUUCCAUGCACAAUGCUAUGCAUUUAGCUAGGCUUCCUUUGGUUGAUCCAGCAAUCCCUUUGACACAAGCUGCCCCUAAUAAUCAAGCAGCUGCAAUGUGCCAGAAUUCAAUGUUGAAUCAAGUUAACUAUCAACGCCAUUUGCAGAAUCCCAAUUUUCCAGAUCAAUAUGCUAGUUACAUGGGGUUCCAUCCACUUCAAGGCGCUUCUCAGCCUAUAAACAUUUUUGGCUUAGGUUCACAUACAGCACAGCAAACUCAGCAGUUACCGCAUCCAACUAAUAGUAAUGCACCUGCCACUUGAAGAGUUAUCACUGAGGAUACUAUCAGUGUAAAAUUAGGACAGUGAAAUUGCUUCAUUUUGCGUAAUGUUUAUCAUGGUACUAGACUCUAGCAAUCACUACUGGAAGAUCUUAAGAUUUUGGGAGCUAACGUUCAAAUAUGUAAGAGACAACGACACCAUCAUAAUGAAAUACAUGAACUUCAUUGUAUGAGACUCUUCUUCAUAUAGCAAAGCUACAAGUUUUAUUCUGUAGGAGCACAUUAGUAGUUGGCAUAUGUAACUUACUGUAUAUGAAAAAAUUUACUGAGGAAUAAGAAUUCAUUAAGUCUUUACAUACUGA